AUGGAGAAGACGACUGUGGAUUCAAAGCUGAAAGAAUACGAGACCAUUUUCCGCAAAAAGUUCGAGACAUUUCAAUCCCAGGCGGCCUCCCUCGUCCACCUGACCAACCAAUACAAGGAGCUCCAGGCCCGGUUCGACUCCGCCCAGAACGACCUCCGGACCCGGUUCCGCGAGCUCAAGGACCGGGAGAACCAAAUCGGAGUCAAAGAGAAGGAGGCCGAACAAUCGAGUAAGAGCCAAUUGCUUUCCUUGAAAUCUUUGAUUAAGAAACACGUUGAUGAGCUUGAUGUGUUGAGCGAGAGGGUUAGGGCGAAGAGGGAGGUGUGUGAGGUGACCGAAAGCCGGGUUUCGGAGAGGAAGAAGGAGCUGAGUUGGGUUGAGAGAUGUGUGUUUGACAAGAGGAGAGAGGCUGAGGAGUGUAAGAGAGAGUGUGAUCAUCUGAAACAAAGGUGCAUUGAUGAGUGUGAGAAAGAGAUGGAAUUGAAAAGGGAGAUGGAUUUGAGAGCGAAAGAGUCAAUGGAGGAGUGGCGUUGUAGGCUUGAAUUGAAAGAGAGGGAGCUAGAAGGGUUGUUUGACAAGUUUGAAUUGAGAGGCCAAGAGUUAUUUGAGCCAAAUGUCGAGGAGAUUCGUGUAAUUGAUAAGAGGGUGGAGGAGUGCAUCAAUGAGGUUGAGAUUAAAGAGAGGUGUUUGGAGAGGCUUGAGAAAUCAAUUGAGGAACGCGAAAAGUCUGUGGAUUUAGUCUCCCAUGAACUGAAGAUGAAAGAGGGGGAAAUUGAAGAGAAGGCCAAAGAGUUUGAGUUGUUUGCUUCUCAAGUGAAGACUGAGCACUUGGAAAAAGAAAAGCAUUUUGCUUCACUUGAAACAUCGAUGGAAGAACGAGGAAAGAACUUAGAUGCACUUGAAAAAUCGAUACAAAAGCGCGAAAGGUAUUUGGGUUUAGUUUCCCAUGAACUGAAGAUGAAAGAGGGGAAACUUGAAGAGAAGGCUAAGGAGUUUGAAUUGUUUGCUUCUCAAGUGAAGACUGAGCGGCUGGAAAAAGAAAAGAACUUUGCUUCACUUGAAAAAUCGAUGGAAGAACGAGAGAAGACCUUGGAUACACUUGAAAAAUCGAUACAAGAGCGCAAAAAGUCUUUGGAUUCAGUCUCAUAUGAACUGAAGAUGAAGGAGGGGAAACUUGAAGAGAAGGCUGAAGAGUUUGAAAUGUUUGCUUCUCAAGUGAAGACUGAGCAGUUGGAAAGAGAAGAGCAUUUUGCUUCACUUGAAAAAUCAAUGGAAGAACGAGAGAAGACAAUGGAUGCACUUGAAAAAUCGAUACAAGAGCGUGAAAAGUCUUUGGAUUCAGUCUCAUAUGAACUGAAGAUGAAAGAGGGGAAACUUGAAGAGAAGGCUAAAGAGUUUGAAAUGUUUGCUUCUCAAGUGAAGACUGAGCAGUUGGAAAAAGAAAAGCAUUUUGCUUCACUUGAAAAAUCGAUGGAAGAACGAGGAAAGAACUUGGAUGCACUUGAAAAAUCGAUACAAAAGCGUGAAAGGUAUUUGGGUUUAGUUUCCCAUGAACUGAAGAUGAAAGAGGGGAAACUUGAAGAGAAGGCUAGGGAGUUUGAAUUGUUUGCUUCUCAAGUGAAGACUGAGCAGCUGGAAAAAGAAAAGAACUUUGCUUCACUUGAAAAAUCGAUGGAAGAACGAGAGAAGACCUUGGAUACACUUGAAAAAUCGAUACAAGAGCGCAAAAAGUCUUUGGAUUCAGUCUCAUAUGAACUGAAGAUGAAGGAGGGGAAACUUGAAGAGAAGGCUAAAGAGUUUGAAAUGUUUGCUUCUCAAGUGAAGACUGAGCAGUUGGAAAGAGAAGAGCAUUUUGCUUCACUUGAAAAAUCGAUGGAAGAACGAGAGAAGACAAUGGAUGCACUUGAAAAAUCGAUACAAGAGCGUGAAAAGUCUUUGGAUUCAGUCUCAUAUGAACUGAAGAUGAAAGAGGGGAAACUUGAAGAGAAGGCUAAAGAGUUUGAAAUGUUUGCUUCUCAAGUGAAGACUGAGCAGUUGGAAAAAGAAAAGCAUUUUGCUUCAGUUGAAAAAUCGAUGGACGAACGAGGAAAGAACUUAGAUGCACUUGAAAAAUCGAUACAAGAGCGUGAAAGGUAUUUGGGUUUAGUUUCCCAUGAACUGAAGAUGAAAGAGGGGAAACUUGAAGAGAAGGCUAAUGAGUUUGAAUUGUUUGCUUUUCAAGUGAAGACUGAGCAGCUGGAAAAAGAAAAGCACUUUGCUUCACUUGAAAAAUCGAUGGAAGAACGGGAGAAGACCUUGGAUGCACUUGAAAAAUCGAUACAAGAGCGCGAAAAGUCUUUGGAUUCAGUCUCCCAUGAACUGAAGAUGAAAGAGGUGCAGCUUGAAGAUGAAGACUGA